AUGGAGACUGUUUGGCAGACUGGGACAAUCGCUGAGUGUGCGAAUAUUUGCCUACAAUCUUUCAACGAAUGUCUCACUCACUUUGACCGCCUCACCCUAAAGGAGAGGUCUGCCAUCGAAGACCAACACGGUCGGUUCUCAAUCUGGAUCUCCAAUAUCGGUGUCUUUGCGGCACCAAAAAUCUCCCUCGAUUACCGUCUUCGAGAUGCAGGUGAUAUCCAGCGACUGCUCCGCCGGCUGCUUCGAACUCUGAGUGACCAUGUCCAAGAAUACUUAUCUCAACUAGUGUCUUCUCGUCCAGCACAGGUUUCUCCACCGCAACUAUCCUCACUGGUUACCCGUGAGUUCGAUGCUAUCGUACAGAAAAUAGGAAACGAGAUCAGCUUGAUGCACCAGCUCUCAAACAUUAUACGCAAAGCAAGUAAGGAAGCGCAGAACGUAAGAGCAGCGGCGGCCUUUACACUGAGAAAUGAGGAUGGCAAAGACAUCGGUCCGUCUUUCAUGAACCUUUUCGCAUUGGGCAUCAUUCAACGCAAGUUCCCACUUUGUAGCGAGACGAUCCAGGAGAGGCUCGCAGCUGCCAUGCUGCUGCGCCGAAAACGGAUUCUCUAUCGGCGCUCCCGGUACUGGAAACCCCUAUCCCAGCUUCCCCAAACUCUAGACCAGGCCGUAACAUCGAAGACUUGCGGUAAUGGGGAACGCCGUCUAUUGCAGCCCACACCAGAGGCUCAACACAGAAGACAAACGACGGACAAUCAGACAUUAUCUGCCACUACCCUGAAUUUGGCGCAUUUGAAAAGGGUAAAUGUUCCGUCUACGGUCAGCCGGGUGAGAACGAUACACUGGAGUCCCUCCGAACAGGUCGAGUUCCCACCCGCACCCUCAGGACUAAUUCGACGGAGGCUGAAAGCUCUCAAAGCACAAUCUGAUGUUGAGCACCAGGGAUGGCUCUCAGAACUAUCCAACUACACACGUAACAAACCACCGCAUGUUUCUUCAACGUCUAACAACGUCCACGAUGAUGGACUUUUAGACAUAUUAUCAAACUCAAAUAGUAACCUCGAGAGCAAAAUGGAGAGCGAAGGGGCGACUGGCGAAAUUGACGCUAUAGAGGUCAUCUGUCCUUACUGUUGCUGUGCUUUGUCUAGCUCAACUGUCACCAGCAGGGCAAAAUGGAUCAACCAUGUCAAGUACGACUUGGAUCCGUACGUCUGCUUAUCCGAACACUGUGACUCUCCCCACGAGUUAUACAACCACAGUGAGGAUUGGCUAAACCAUAUGCAGCAGCAUAAUCUGCGAUGGCGCUGUGCAGCAAAAUCGCAUGGAGUUCUAGUUUUUCAUACGAAGGGCGAGUAUGAAGAGCAUAUGCGCGCCAACCACAAAAGUACACAUUCACAGCUAGCCAUUCUCGCAGACCGGAGUAGUCGAUCAUCUGGCCCUAUCUUCCAGUCUUGUCCUCUGUGUGGUGAAAAUAGUAGCACCGCUUUUGAGGAACAUAUUGCUAGUCAUCUCAGAUACCUUGCAUUGAAGUCACUUCCCAUCCUCGACAGUGAAGGGGAUGAUGAUGACUUGGAAAACACAGCGAGUAACUGUGGUACUAAUGAUGAUCGGACCCGAAGCACAGUGAUGACUGAUCUUGGUCAUCCUUCCCACACCGUCGAAGCGUUGCCACGAGACGAUCGCCCCGGAUUGGGUAUCUUUGAACAGCCCGAGUCCGCACCCCUAGAGAGCACGGGCGAUAUGAUUACAACGCCUGGGUCUCCCGACCCCCUUUUCGAUGAGUUGGGAACUAUAUCCCCAGUGAACGCUAGCCAGACGCAUAUGCUCUCCGACUGGAUCGUCCAGAAUGGAAUGAGCACAGCAGGAAGUAAUUUUACACCGGAGUCCCUUGGACAAUGGACGGCGCUUGAGCCUGCCGAACUGAGGUUCCUAAGUGAUCCCCCUCCUGCACUGUGGCACGACUACAGUCCUGGGCAUCUUGGCGGAAUCGCCGGGACGACCACUUCAGCACAGGCGCGCAUGAGCGACACAGCUGUGGUAGAGCAUCAAAGCCCGGGAAGACGCCGUUACAGGAAUACCCCGGAAAGAACGACUUUUGAAUGCCAAUGGACCGGCUGUAGUACUAAUUGUACUUUUGAAUAUGAGGCUGAUCUCUGGCGUCAUAUCCGAUUUCUUCAUCUGUCACAUCGGUCUUACAAUUGCCCCGAGGAAGGCUGCAGCCAGAGUUUCCAACGGCGUGAUAACUUACUGGCACAUUUACGGGAACAUAAGAUGAGUUUCCGCCAAGAAAACAAUCUGGAGACUACGGGGAAUCCUUGCCAAUGGUCCGGAUGUCGUACAGAAGCUACCUUUAGGCGCCAGGUUGACCUCUGGAGGCAUAUCCGACACCUGCAUCUCUCGCCCCGCAGUAUUAUUUGUCCCCACCAAAGUUGCGGUAGGGUCUUUAAUCGGGAUGCAAAUUUGCGAGAACAUCUCUCGCAUAUUCAUCAAGAACCUUCGCAGACAGCAGAACGGGCGAAUUCCCCAACUAUGUAGCUCUCGUAGCUGCUCCGGUAAAGGCAUGUUAUUCACCAACUUUACCCGCACGGCGCAGGAAGUCUUGAUUCUCACAUUAUCCGACAGCUGUAGCGAUGUCACUUUACUUGCGUUGCAUAAAGACGGGCUGAGCAAGCCCUAGGUGCUGU